AUGGCAGAGCGGGUCGCCGAGUGCUUGGCUGCAUGUGAAACGUUCUGUAUUGGAGAAGAUGUGAAUACUGCUGAAGCUGAUGCAUCUUUAGACACAAUAUCCAGCGGUUGGUCCCCUGAGAAGUAUCGGUUCACACAAGAUGAAAGUCAACUCAAGGAUGCUUGUUCAAAUCUUUCGGUAUCACACAACAAGUCUAUCGUCCCAGCCAAGGUUAUCUCAGUAAAAAAUCUUCAGUCAUCUGAUUCGAGUCGUGCAACUCUAUUAGUCCGCCUCGACACCAGCGACAAUGAGGACUUCGCAUACAAACCUGGCGAUCAUUUGUCGAUCUUUGCGGCAAAUAGAAAGGARUUGGUUCAGUCUUUAUUGGACAAUCUCAGUGAAUCACCUGAUCCUGAUCARCCAAUCAUCGUCGAGGCCAGCCGAGAAUUGUCAGGUCCCUUUGGAAUGACUAAGAAAUGGGAGAAACUUCAACGAUUCCCAGUUCCUAUAACACUAAGAGAGGCAUUUAGUCGCCAUAUUGAUAUCACUGGUACACCCUCUCCACAGAUCCUCAACUACCUUGCGACACAGGUAACCCAACCUACUUUAUCGUGGAAUGCUGAAUG